AUGCCAGACAAAGCACCACUACAUCCGUGGGAAUGGACUCGAGCUCCAUGGACUCGAUUACAUUUGGAUUUCGCUGGCCCGAUGGACGGAAACUUUUUCCUGAUUGUCAUUGAUUCUCAUUCGAAGUGGCUAGAGGUGAGACAAGUUGCGACAACUUCUUCAGCCGCAGCCAUCCGAGUUUUGAGAGAGUUAUUCGCUACGCAUGGCAUACCUGAAGUAUGCGUCUCCGACAACGGUACAGCCUUUACUUCCACCGAAUAUCAAGAUUUUCUUAAGCAAAAUGGUAUACGUCAAGCUCUCGUUGCGCCGUAUCAUCCGAGUAGUAAUGGCCAAGCUGAGAGGAUGGUGCAAAACACAAAGAACGCACUCAAAAAGAUGUCCGGUAAAGAUGUUCAAUUGAAAUUAAAUCGCUAUCUGCUAGUUCAACAUAUUACACCACACAGUGUGACUGGAAAGUCACCUUCUGAGAUCCUGAUGGGUCGUAAAUUGAACACUCUACUCGAUAAAGUAUUUCCAGAUUUUUCACGAGAUAUGACUACCAAACAAGAAGCUCAAAGUAGUCAUAAAAUUCCAAGAAGUUUUCAAGAAUAUGAUCCAGUUUUCUCACGAUCAUUCGUCCCCGGACCAAAAUGGAUUCCUACCACUGUUGUCAAACCUACAGGUCCGCUUAGCUACAAAGUUGCCACACCAGAUGGUAAAGUAAUCCGAAGACAUACCGACCAAAUUAGAAAACGUGUGGAAGUUUCGUUUCCUGAUCGUUCUGAAUACCCACACGAAGAUUCAAAUGAUACCUUUGGUGGCGAUGAAAAUAAUGACCCACCUGAUGCAAGCAUAGACAUCCCAGAUUCCAGAGAUACCUUGGAUCAUCCCGAUGUACCGACUACCUCUGGAAGACCUGCUCGUACUAUUCGAGCUCCUUCUUACCUCAAAGACUAUGUUACUUAA